GCUGAUUUGCCCAGCUCGAAGGGUAUCGAAUUUUUAUAUUUUUUAGCAUCACUACCACAGGAAAACACAAUUUUCCCGCUUUUCUUGGUUUCCAUACUAUAUAUACACACCCCAUGUUUUCUGUCUUCCAAAACCCUUUAUCUGUUUUUGCUGUGCCUGGAUAGGCUUAACUCUGAAAACCAUUGCACUUCCACCCUAAAAUGAGCCUGAAAGUGGAGAGGCCUGGCUUUCACAAAAACCAAGCCAGAGACAGAGAAGACACAGGAGAGCCGCUAUUUCCAGAACAAACAUCUGGGCAGCAUCAAAUCUGUUCAGAAAAGUUCCGGUUCUAGAAAGAUUUAUGGAAAAUAGUGCUGGCUGGGCCUAGGGAAAGAAAGCUCUAGUUCACACCUCAGGUGACAACGUUAACUCUUAAGAAAAGGCCUGGUUAGUCAUAUUGGAGAAUAAAUCUGUGACUGGCCUCUCAAAAAUUGACAUGUUUUAAAUAGCAAGUUCUACUAGGGCAUGUCAACUGUAAUUCGCUGUCAUUUACCCUCCACUCUUCCAGAUUUUUUUUUCUUCCAGAAGUUUAUCUGUAGCAUAAAGGUAUAUUACAUCACAAAUUAUAGAGGCUGUUAAGGCGGUAUAUAGGUAACACAGGUAACACUAGGAAACUUGACACAAAACACCAAAAUGCGCUGUUUUGCACGGAAACAUGCUGUAGUCAGAGGCACCGUAGAAGCAGUCUCUACCCCACCAGCUAUGUGUUAAGAAUCCUCCAAACCCCCAUGGUCUCAGUCUAGGAAUCAGGUUUGUUUUAUGCCUGAUUAUAGCCACCAAAGCACCUUCUUCCAGAGCCCCAAGAAAGAGAAAAUGUGCAUUUGUAAAAGGCAAAUUAGGACUUGGAGAGUGAUUUGGGAUUAGAAAGAGAACAGGGUUGAUCCCUUGAAAUGCCAGCACCUGUUCCAACCCGAGCAUUCAGGAGAGAAAAAUGACAAUGCCUGAUUCUGAAGCCGGUUAUUUAAUUGGCACAUUAAUAUCCUAUCUCCCUUUGCUUAUUUAAUCCUGGCUCCUGGUUCUGGCUCUGCCUUCAUUCAGCUAACUCUAUGACUUUGGGCAAGUUACUUAUUUACUUUAGAACUUAGUGAACAGUUUACAACCACAGAAUAGGAGACUUUUCCACUCCGAUUCAGUUCUGUGCUAUAGGGUCUCUAUGAGUUGGAAUCAGCUAGACCACAAGGGGUUUUUUUCUCACUCCAAAAUGCCGGUAGCUACAAGAUUUGCCACCUGGCCUUCAUACUCCUGUCCUCCUCAUCCUUGGGAAGACACUCAAGCUUACUGGAAUUGCCUGCUCUCUAAAAAGCACAAAUGCUAGGUCCUACCCCUGGAAAUUGUGACGUAAUUGGUUUGGGAUGUGGCCUGGACGUCUAGAUGUUUAGAUGUUCCUCAGGUGAGUCUAAGGAACAGCCAGGGUUGAAUCACUAUGACUCAAUGAUACCUAUGAAAAUCACCAAUUGCUGUAAGAGGCUUCGGUGGUUCAUAGAAGGUACAACCACAAAGCAAGCAAGUUAACAUUAAUCCUGCUGACACUGUGGGAGGAGGGUAUCGUGGAGUGAAGAAUGACUUCUCUUUUACACACCAGAUGCUAAGUCAUCAAUGGACCUAAAAGAAGAUUCUGAUUACUGCAUUUACAUUUGAACCAGCAGAAUACACCCAAUUCUGUUUUAUCUAUGGGACGACCCAAUAGAUCUAGAGGAAACUUGAAUGAGAAACGUUCCCAAAGAGAAACUGAGCUGCACACUAAGCCAAACUGACUUCUUUCCAGCAAAUAUGCCAGAGGAUUAUCCUGAUCAGUUUGAUGAUGUCAUGGAUUUUAUUCAAGCCACCAUUAAAAGACUGAAAAGGUCACCAGAUAAACAAAUGGCAGUGUUUCCUAGAAGAGAGCGGAAUCGGCAAGCGCCAGCUGCCAACCAGGAGAAUUCCAGAGGGAAAGGCCGGAGAGGCCAGAGGGGCAGAAAUCGGGGUUGUGUCUUAACUUCAGUACAUUUAAAUGUCACUGACUUGGGCUUGGGCUAUGAAACCAAGGAGGAACUGAUUUUUAGGUACUGCAGUGGCUCUUGCGAUGCGGCUGAGAAUAUGUACGACAAAAUAUUAAAAAACUUAUCCAAAAGUAGAAGGCUGGUGAGUGACAAAGUGGGGCAGGCAUGUUGCAGACCCAUUGCCUUCGAUGAUGACCUGUCAUUUUUAGAUGAUAACCUGGUUUACCAUAUUCUAAGAAAGCAUUCCGCUAAAAGGUGUGGAUGUAUCUGACUCCGGCUCCAGAGACUGCUGUGUUUUGCAUUCCUGCUACAGUACAAAGUAAGGGACCAAGGUUCCCAGGAAAUGUUUGCCCAGAAUGGAAGAUGAGGACCAAGGAGGCAGAAGCAGAGGCUGAGGAAGGAGAGGAGGAAGAAGGCAGCCGUUGUGGGAGCCUGGUAGAAGGAGAUCCAGCUACAGAAAACUGGACACAUGAGAGAGAAAGGAGCCAUCUGGUUUCUCUAAGACGGCAGCCAAUGCCAUCAGAAGCUCAGGGCUGGUGUCCCUGGUUGGGUGUUGCCAUCGUUUCAUCUGAUACAGUCCACCGUCACCCAUCACUGGCAUAGUGGCGGAUGCACUUGAAGAAACCAAACCAGUGUGUCUCCUGUGGUUUGUUUUCAUAUGUCUGAAGACACCAGGGAAACAGGAAUCCUGGGGUGAGCCCACUUGUCAUGAUGUGUUACUGCUGAAAGCCAGAAAGGGUUCUUUUCUGUCACUCAGUUGAGACAUACCCCGAAAAGAAAACAACAAAAAACAAAGACACGAGAGAUAAUAACCUCUGAAUUUGAAAGUUGAGGCCUGAGGUUUACAACAACCAGUGUUUUUGUGAACAGUUGGCGACUGAUUCGGAAUAUGGUGUGUGGGGUGGGAAGAAGUUGGAUAGGCACCAAAGAGGCUGUCCUCAUGACUAAAACAAACCUGAAGGUAUUUCCUUUCUCUCCUUGGAAACAGGAAACAAGUUGUGGCUUUCAGCAGCAUUCCUGUAGGAGAGCUAGUGGGGAGGGCCCCCGGCGCAGGGGGACAGGGAGACCCACGUGGCCUGUCGGUUUACAGAAAGACAGAUGUUACAUACACCCCAGCUCCGUUUAUGCGUGGUCACCAGUGACCAGAGAAGCUACUCGAUGCAAUGCAUCUGUUUCAGAUACAGAAAUCUAGAGAAGCUAUUUAUUGAGAUUUAAGUUAUUAUUAUUUAUUACUGUUCACUAAUGAAUUUCUCUUUUUUGUCCCUUAUUUAUUAAAAGUUUCUUUUCAAAGGUGCCAAAGUAUAUGUGCUUGCAAAACACAAAGAAAGGUGACAAAGGAAAUUUUAAUUGGGAACGAGGGUCCAUGCUUUUCAAAGUAUUUUUAAAAAAGGUCUUUUUGCUAGCCAAAAAUCACUUACUUUACCUUUUUAAGAAAAGCCCUGGUUAAUUUCCCCAGAUUUCAGCAUUUUCCACAUUUUUAUUAAAAAAAAAAAAAAAGGUCAUGAGUGUCUCUGCCAGGCCACCUUUUUGGGGGCAGCAUGCAGAGAUCGUUGGCACUUGGCUUUGUUUCUUCGUUGCUCCAUCACUGAACAAAUGAUGCCAUAAGCUCCACUUCCUGUCGUAUUUAAGCUUUUAUUCCCCUCCUUAUAUAUCUAUCUAUAAUAUGCGUAACCAUAUAUGUAAAAGGUUAAAUUCCUUUUAGUAGGUAGUUUUGGAUUUCAUGUUGACCCAAAAGUAAAGUAAAACGUUCUGUCAGGUAGCCAUGGUUUUGCCUGACUCGAUGAGCCUAUUCCUCUAUCCCUGCCCACCUAGUGCCUUCCUGAGACACAGGCUGCUUGGCCAGUGCAGGCCAAAGAUCACACGGAUGGCUGUCCAGAAGUGGGGUCGGCCUGGUUCCCAUAAAAGCCACUUGGCUGUCGUCUUGGCUCAACGAUUGUUGCUCCUGUGUACCCAAUCCCUGGAAGAAGGUGCCUGAGCAAGGUAGAUGAGGAAGACGUAUGGCCUAGCCACAGUAUACCACGCAAAGCCUCACACUUACCCGCAGAGUGUGCUACCUUGAGGAUGAAAGAGUUUGGAGGGGAGGAAGCGCAGGAUCAGAACAACCUCUCGUAAGUGCCCCAAAUUGUGGAUUUGCCUGUCAGCCGACACAGGCAAGGUGCACUGGGCCCUAUAUUAGAGCUUUUUACAAAUUUCAUAAAAGGGAUUUUUCUCAAGGAGAUAACCUAUCACUCUCUUAGUGGCUAUUAACCACAAAAGGAUGACAGAUUUAGCAAUUAUAUAACCUAGCUUCCCACAAGUAAUCAUGUUAUUUUUGCAAAGUAACCAAAAAGCAGCAGUUACCAGGCAUCCCCUCCCCCUGCCCCAAAACACCUAAGUUCUCCAUUAUUCUGCCAUCUCUGUCCUUUCUGCUCCUUUGGCGUGACUUGGAAAUAGAGGAAACAGCCUCUCACCCUCUCCUGGGGCCAAAGCAGGGGACUUGCUAAGAAGCAGCCUGCUCAAAUCAGGGCAAACGCAGCUGUCUGGUCAUUCUUGAGGCACAAUUUGGAUGUAGCCCCAGGGUCAUCUGUCUGACUCAGAUAACAAUGGCAGAUUUGGUGGCCAAGUUUCCCAGGUUUCAGCCCCCAGCUCCGCAAGGAGGAUCCCUGUCCAUAAGGGCUGUAGGAUUCCAAUGGGUGUUGACACCUUGUUCCCAGCAUCAUCUACACACCAUAAUCAGGUUUUAACUUAAGCAAAUUACUCCACCAAAUCCACAAAAGGGUAAAGUUUGUGAUUUUUCUUUACCAUUGCUACUACCAUCCAACAUGGUAAGGAGCGCACUUCUUUGGAAGUUCUGACUUCUCUGAUAUGUCUUGGUCGUUUGUGUUAUACAACCAAAGUUCUCUACAGACUUUAUUUUUGUACAAUAUCAUUUUGUAACUUUUUACGAAUAAAAACUCAUUUCUA